AUGCAGGUGCUGGGAAAGCCGUGCUGUUCACAGGAGCCCAACUGCUAUGAAGCACGUUUGUCGCUUGGGCUCACUGACGGCGUCACACGAAGCUUCGCUCAUCGUUCUCUUUCAGUGCGAGACGGUCGGCUGCUCUUGAACGGCAAGGUGGUGUUUGUCCACGGGGUGCUCUACCAGGGAUACUGGCCAGAGUCCUUGCUCACUCCGCCGGACAUGGAGGCGAUGCAACGGGACCUUCAGUUGAUCAAGGCAGUUGGCUUCAACACCAUACGAGUGCAUGCCGUGGUGAUGGGAGAAGCAUUCUAUGCCAUGUGCGACAAGAUCGGCUUGCUCGUAUUUCAGGACAUGCCGGCCGGGGACAUGCGUGCUAUGCCAGUAUGGUCUGAUGACCGUGCCAUGGCCGAAGAAGAGCUGAAUGUCUCACUGCCGCAGACGCUUUUCAACGAGAUCCGAAGGUCGCCAGCCAGUCAGGCGGCCUUCGAAACCGAGCUGCAGGCUAUGGUGAAUUCACUGUCACACUUUGCGUCCAUCGCAGUGUGGGUGCUCUUCAACGAGGGCUGGGGCCAGUCCAACACGAAGGCGUUGGUGGAGUUAUUGAGGAACCUUGACCCACAUCGUCUCAUAGAUGCAAGCAGCGGGUGGAAUGAGCUUGGCGGGCACGCUUUGGGUGACCUCGCUGAUAUUCACAACUAUGAGGACAAUUCAUCCAUCUUCGGCCCCCUUGCAAUGAGCUUCGAAAGCUUUGCUUAUUGGGGCUACAGCCUCGCAGGCCGCAUCCCAGCCCUGGGUGAAUAUGGAGGCGUGGGAUACGCGGUCGACGGCCAUUGCUGGUCUUCCCGAACGUGGGGGUACGGCGAGAAACGAGUCAAACAGAGCAGAGAUGUUUACGCUUCUGCUCUGGAGAAGCUGUUGCUCCGCUUAGUUGAAUCCAUUUGCACUGGCCUGGGUGCUGCGAUAUACACUCAAUGGAAUGAUGUGGAAACUGAAGUUAACGGCCUGCUCACCUAUGACCGUCACCUCAAGCUCCCAAUGGAGUUCUACCAAAGAUUCUCACACCUGGUGCAGGAGGCGGCACGCAAGUGCACUCUGGUGCCUGAUGGCAAACAGCAUAUCGGGUGA